AUGGCCGCAGUCGGAGAGUGCUCGCUCUCCGUUCCUUGGAAGUCGGUGUCUCUCACUCACGUCGAGUAUCCAGCAGGUGACCUCACCGGCCGUCUUCUUGCGUACGUGAGCCUUGGCCCCAUUUUCAUCAUCGUUGGCUUUGUCACGCUCAUCGUUUUCAAGAGGGAGCUUCACACGAUCUCAUUCUUGGGGGGCCUGCUUCUCAACGAAGGCGUGAACUGGCUAAUAAAGAACAUUGUUCGGGAGACCCGGCCUUGUGCAGAUGUAUUCCUUCCCCUCCUCCUCAGAAAUCCAUCCGUCAGUGCAUUCGAAGUACGCAAUGCCUUCCAGCCACUCCCAGUUUAUGUGGUUUUUCUCCAUGUACUCUUUUCUCUUCCUCUAUUUAAGAAUGCACCAAACAAACAACGCCAGGUUCCUGGACUUGUUGUGGAGACACGUGCUGUCCCUCUUCCUCCUAACAGUGGCCUUCCUCGUCUCAUACAGCAGAGUCUACCUGAUGUACCACACCUGGAGCCAAGUCGCAUAUGGAGGGGUCGUGGGAAGCAUCAUGGCUGUCGUGUGGUUUGUCUUCACACAGGAGAUCUUAACGCCGCUGUUCCCACGGAUAGCUGCAUGGCCGAUAUCAGAGUUCUUCUUAAUCCGAGAUACCAGCCUCAUCCCAAAUAUCCUAUGGUUCGAAUACACAGUCACCAGAGCAGAAGCAAGGAACCGACAGCGUAAGCUGGGCACGAAGCUCCAGUGAACUCGGGACGCUCUGGAAGCGGACUGCACGACUCUUAUCGACCAGAGUGGGGCCAGACUAGAGACCUGUACAGAGAAGCGGAGGAGGCUUUUAGGAGACGGACCAAAAAGGAACAAGCAGGGACCAGGUCCUGAAGAUCCAGAGGCCUUGACAACUAGCUGGCUGCUCCUCGCUGCAUGCUGGGGACCGUACUGGAGCAGAAUCCAUUUAUACUGCAGUUGCACAGCGUUGGUUGGGAUCUGACCCUCCUUUGGGGAGCAACCCACCAAGGGACGUUUCUUGCACAAGCCCCGCCCACCAAGCGAACGGGAGAGGGCCACAAGCCUCUUCCUUGUGCAGCUCCCGUUCCUUUUGAAACAAGGGCUUCUGUAAGACUGGACUCUGGUAGGUUGUGCUUGUGCAUUCGGGAAGGCAGGGGAAGGGGAGUGGGGGGGAGGGUCUACGGAGGAUAUACCUAGUGUCUUGUUGAUAGGAGGGAAUAAGCAUAUAUAGCUCUGUGACUUUUUAUUAAUUUCCCCACCCUCUUUUUUGCAGCAUGAGAUAUACACACUAUUUAUUAUUUUU